AUGGAAACAACUUUAUCGGAUGAAUCCUUGAAUAUUAUCGGUAAAUCGAAGGCUAGUCAAUUUUUUGACGAUGUUAUUGGUCACAUAGAAGACAUUGUGCUUGGAGAAGAUUUCCAGGCACUACAUAAUGAUUUUCUGGAGAAAUAUUGGCAUUGCAUUGAAAAUACUGAGGAAAACAAACUAGUAUAUAUGGAUAUAUUUCAAGAGUAUACCAAUACUUUUGAGACCUUCCUAAUUAAAGAACUUUGUGCUCGUAUGCCUGAUUUCAAUAUGAGCCAAUUUGCGGACGAACUAGAGAAAAAUGAGGCGUUCGAUGAUGUGUUAAGUAGCGGCGAAAUUAUUGAACUUUUACACUCAUUCAAUAGCUUUGAGACUUUUAAAGAACUUAUGCUAGACUACCGCAGUGCAAAAGAAGGUCAAAUGGAGCAUCUAGACUCAAAUAUCCUCAUCACAACUUCGUAUUCGACCACAAACCCGGCGAUACCCACUGUAACCGAAGACAAAUGUGAUAUAUAAAUUAUUUCGCAUUAAUAUUGAACAGUCUGCUAUAACAUACAUAUGUAUAUGUAUAUAUAUUUUUCAGAAUUCGACUAAGCAUUAAUUAACAAAAUUAUGUGUGAAAUUGAAAAACCGAAAGUAUUUCUAACAAA